ACAACAGCGUCAACCAAUGGGAAGCCAACACACCGAGUUAUUGAACGACGAUUUAUUGAAGGGUUAGAUCAGCGAUUUUGUUCCAGUUAGUACCAGAGUCGAGCGAAAAUCCGAUGAAUAAACGCAUUUAUUACUAUGGUGCCAGGGCAACAACAGUCUUUAUAACACAGGUGUUUUGUUUGAUACACCGUUUGCAUGCAUUAGCAACCACAUUUGUAACUUUGUCAGUGAUGUUUUUAGGGUGUUAUGUAGCAGUCUUUACAUAUAUUUGAAAUAAAUUCGCAGCAGAAUUUGUGUAAGAUUUCGGGUGUGAACCAUGGAACAUUUUACGUUGACAGACAGAUAAUUAGGAAAUAACGUUUUACAACUAACACUAAAAAUAUGAAAAUUUUUGGAACACUAUUUUUUGCGUUUCUUCUGUUCUGUUGCGUCGAGUCCGGUGACGUAUCUGCUGACGUCAAAGGCGAUGACGUCACGAUAGAGGUGGAAAAGAAAGAAAAGAAAGUUGAAUUGUCGGUUGACAUCCUAAAGAAUGAUACAGAUGAAAAACUACCCGACACGAUUACUAUAAACGGCAAGGAGAUUCCAAUUGAACGAGCCGAUCGAACCAUCACGUCCAAAGUUACAUUGGAAAUAACUUUCGGACAAGAAGCGAUCGGGAAUAUCACGUUCGGUCUUUUUGGUAGAACUUGCCCCAAAACUGUUCGUAACUUCGUAACGCUGGCGAACCCGAACCGUCCAACAGGGGAAGGUUAUAAAGGAAGUAAAUUGCAUCGUAUUGUGCGGGGAUUUGCUUUCCAAGGUGGAGAUUUCUUGAACAACGAUGGUAGUGGAGGUUGGAGUAUUUACGGAAGGUAUUUCCGAGACGAAAACUUUGCAAUCAAACAUUUUCCAUUUUGUCUCUCUAUGGCAAACUCAGGGCCGAACACAAACGCAUCCCAAUUCUUUGUGCCUGUGAUCCGCACGUCAUGGUUGGAUGGUAAGCACGUGGUCUUCGGGCAAAUCAUCUCCGGGCACAGAACAGCCAAGAAAAUCAACGAAGUCAAAUGUAACAGCUACGAUCGCCCAUACAGACAAGUAUGGAUCUCAAAUACAUGGACCGAAGUCUACAAGAAGAACCAGAUCAAAUCCGAACUAUAAGUGAUGUCUAGAUUCUUGUUUUAAAACGAAGAAUAAUUUGAAUUCGAAAGUGGUAGUGAAAAUAUAGAAUUGAAUACAAAUUUAACCUGUACACGUUUAGAUGUAUAUUUACGAAUAAAGAUGAAGUGCUGGG